UCGAGUUAGUGUAACACUUUUAACAAAAACCUCCUUAUGGGCAUCAUUUUAUUAAUCAAUGUGUUCCUAAAACUCCUUUUGUUGGAAUGUUUGGACCAAGUAUGUGUCUCCGCCGAACAAAAAUCUACACCUGGGGGAGCGAGUUUUCCUCCAGAUUUUGGAAUUCCGAGAUCUCCUAUCAUCGAUUUCAUCGAUCAUCCUGAUACAUCGGUUCCGGACCAUUUUGACGUUAGAGACAAGUGGCCAAAUUGUGGCUCCUUGUUUGAUCAGAUUGUGGAUCAAGGAAAAUGCCAAAUGUCUUGGGUUCCGGCUCUAUUAUCGACAAUGAGCGAUAGAUUAUGCAUCCAGAGCAACGGAACAGACAUUUUUCAAUACUCAGUUGAAGAUUUACUGACGUGUUGUUCUACCUGCUUUAACGCAAAACCAAAGAACAUCUGUCAAAGUGGAUGGAUCUUUCGGACUAUAAGACAUUUGUAUUCGAAGGGCUGUGCAUCUGGGGAAAACGCAGAAUCCAGCAAUUUAAACUCGUCGACACAGAGUGGGGGUUGCAAACCGUUGUCAGAACAAACACGAAACGGAGAACCUCCAGAAUGCGAAGAUAAAUGUAGCAAUCCAGAAUAUAAAACUUCUGACAAGAGAUACUGCGGAAGGGCGACGUAUCUUUAUAAUCAUCCAGGUAUUAUAGACACGAAGCAAGUGCAAAUAGAAGUUAUGAAAAAUGGGCCGAUGACAAUGUUUAUAAACGCUACUCCAUCUUUCAUGAAUUACACCGACGAGAUCUUCGCAGAAGAAACAGAUGAGAUACUUGGUAGGCCUAAUUUUAUGCAAGCCGUUCGACUGUUUGGUUGGGGAAAUGAAAACGGAACUCCAUAUUGGCUAAUGGCUAAUACUUGGGGACGAAACUGGGGAAGGAUGGGUGGGUUGUUCAAAAUAGCGAUGACUGAAAAUGUUCUUCACGUAGAAGAGUUUGCUCUUGCACCUUUUCCGAGCAAGAAAGCAUCUGCUAAAAUUCGUGAAGUUUGUUGCAGUGUUUUCGUACUGAGUGUUUUUAUGAUGUAUGUAUUUAAGUAG